UGCUAUAUGCGUUUGCUGCGCCCUGACGUCGUCCCACGACAGCGUGUCCGGUCUGGCUGCUUCCGCGUAACGAGUGCCCCCCAGUGUUCCGAGUGGGUGUUCUAGAACUUCUCCGGUCACUAGAACUCGGUGUGAUCGAUCAAGGAUAUCUUAUCGUAGAAGGUGGAACGGCGGGUUCAUCGUGAAUGUGAAUACCGAGUAACUUAGAGUUCCCUAAUGACCUACUUCGGUUUCCCGACCGAGUGUGUGAGUGGGAUCGAAAGUGCUUUCAGUGGAGGAAUCGAGUGACUUGAUCCGCUGGGAGGAGAUUGAUCCCUUGAAAAGGAUUGAAGCGAAUGGGUGAUGUUGGAAAAGGAUAUUGACCCCGAGAGAAAAGGAUGAAAAAAUGUGAGGAAGUUUUUGAGGCACAUGAUUUUGGCCGAAAAUAAAAUCGGCAACUAAUGACAACGCGACGACUAAAAUAAAUCAUUAGUGUAAACAUCUGCCCAAAGUAGGCCGAGAACUUGAAGCUUUUAGUGUGCUUUAGAAAUUUGUGAAAAGGUGUCAAGUCAGGGGAAGAAAACUUGAAAACUAUCUUACUCUUUAGUAGGUUGACCUACAUUCUUCCACACGAGUGAUUCGAGUCUCUCCGCAAAGUGGCGACGUCAUCACGGUCGGAUUAGUGGCUGCGGUUGCCUUGAUCGUGAUUUUCAUUCAUGAGAGCGCAUGUUCGCGAGAGAAAUUGAGCGUAGUGGAAGAAAGUUGCCAGCCGAAAUAGUGUGUGAGUGAGUUGGUUCCACCUAUUGCUCUUGGCGUUGGCACGUUUUUUGUGUUUUACUGUGAAUAUAUUUGGAAUUGGCAACUUUUUCAUAACGACAAUUGUGACAUAUUCAGUGAUACUUACCCGUCUGGAAUAGGAGCAAAAGGCACGGCGAAAAAAAAUAUAUCACCGCUGGUAAUACAUUUAUGAAUGCAGAUGACCCGGAUAUUAAAAAUACUGAGACUACACGCUAUUGUUGCGAUUUGCAUUUAAUUGUGUCAAAGCUGUCCGACGUUCUGCGCUUCCAUGGAUAUGUGUUAAUUAGAUUGGCGCACAGCAGAGGAGAAAGAGAUAACAAAGGGGAAACGUUGAUAGUGAACAGUGAAAAAAAACAACAACCAUCGUACACAACCAGUGAUCUGAUUAAGAUCCGCGCCCCGUACCUUCCGAUCGUUACGCUGGAGGCUUUGCCGUGACAGCGUGGUUUAGUGAGCGAGGCGUGCUGUUUAACAAAAAAAAGAGGGUGACGAAAACGGAAGAAAGGAAAAAUUAAAAAAUUUAAAAUGUAUUGAGGUGAACCUAAUGAGAGCAAAACAGCCUACAGAGGUAGGCCGCAUCUAGUAAACCCAAAUAUUGUGUGACACCAGUGCGAGCUAAAUUGACUAGAUUAGUGCGUGAUUUGUUUGAGUUACCACAUUCCAAAAUAACCGAAAGUGAAAAGUGUCAUUCCCGAGGAAAGCUGAUUCACCGUUGGAUACACCAAAGUGUUCUUAACUUCUAACCCACCAGGAAGAAAGGACUAUUUUGUAUAUACGCGUCGCAGCAGCAGUCUUCUUAUAGGCAGAGCAGCAAAAUUUGAAUCUCCCCGAAAAAUAAUUUUCUCGGUUUCUCAAAUUUUCUUCGCCUAUCUGUCUUUGUUGGAUCCACAAACUUCCGGCUUGUACAGGAUACCUCUAAACUUUUUUUCAGUGUAGUUCUAAAUCUAGCUAAAAUCGUUUAAAAUUCAAUUUACGUACUAAAAGUGCCCAGACACUGCCUUCCGGAUCGAUCGGAAAGGGAACUACACUCACGCACGGUGAGUCCAGUGUUCGGAAAAGUGAACUCAUAAAUAGGGAAAGAUUAGCCCGAUGGCACCGAUUUGACCUGACCUGACCUGACCUUACCAGCGCCAUUUAUGCCAGUACACCUGCGUGCAGAAGUGAUCCCAUUGUGUUAGCCUGUGCUCAGCGCUGAACGAUCGUGACGCCAUCAGGCAGCCGGCUUGGCGGUGGCGACGGCAUCAACGAGAGGUCGCUGAACUGCGUGUCGUUCGGUUGGAUUUGCGGGCAGUGCGUUAUUAUGUUUGACCAUGUGCUACCGGAUACCUCUCCCAACAUCGAUCAACUACUUUAGGAUUCGUUGAAAAAAAAGUUCGGGAAGCAAUAUCGUACGAAUUAGUUUACUACGAAAAUCUAUGGUGAACUACACCAUGAGCGGUCAGAACGAAUCGGACGUGGAGAGUCUGCUGAUGAGCCCUUGCUGGAACCAGUCGACUAGUGUACAGGACCAAUACAUACUGGAUGGACACAAGCUGCUGCUGGAUGCGGAACUAGAAUCGCUACCGAGUGAUUCUGAGACGCAGAAGAGUUCGAUGGAUGUGCUGGAGAACUUACUGCUAAAUUCAACCUCAAUCAACAGCAGUAACUCCAGCAACGAUGGCGACGUCAAACCACUGCCAUCGUUUACAUCCUUCAACACGGGACAUCUGUCCAUCAAUGGGAUAUCCGGGUAUCACUAUACAGCGAUCGCACAACGGUUGCCGGAGGAGAACAACAACUAUUCACAGAACUCGUUUCAAAAUGGCACGAGCAAUGGAAGUAAUGGUGACAACAAUAUCGUUUCCUCCUCAACGUGUCUACCGGAUUCGGUGAUGAAUCCGGAUGGAAAUGGGGCCGAUAGUUGCCUGCAGGACGUGAAGCUUUUUUCGGAUAGUUCUAUUGACGGGAAAAUAUAUUCCACAAGCGCCGAUAGUUGCGUGAUAAGUGGUCCCGAUUCCGUGUCCGGAGCCAGAAUAUUCGUCGACUCCAAGGAGCUGUCCGAAUAUGACAUGAGCUCGAUUGAGGAUAUUGCGGCGAUUAUUGGAUCAGCGAUAGCGGACACUACUGUACCAAACAAUAAGGUAGAGAAAGAGGAUGGGAACGAUACCAGGGACUCGUGGAUGGAUUUGGAUGCUUGGAUCGAAGGUACCUGUACGACUCCGGAGAGUAAAUUGAUCGUAUCGCAACAGGAUUCACUCAGUGAAUUAAUCCUACCUCAUUCUCCCGUUCAUACGGCCGGUUCGACACUGCAGAGCUUGCUGACGCAUGGGUAUAUGCCACUGCUACAGAACCGGUUACAGAAUGGUCCACCGAUCAAAAUUGAAACACCCACCUCGACGUCCUACUGUGGCGAACUGAUAUCGACUUCAACUAGUCCACCGGGUUCGGUAGUGUCCACUACCGACAAUCUGAUCCUGAACGGAAGGUACCUGCAAAAUCAUCAAAAUUCCCACUUUGCCCUCAGUAUGGGUUUGAAACCCGAUGGUCUGUGUAGUCCCGACCUUAUGGGAAAUUUUCCGCAUACCACCAGCACAACUCCAACGACACCAAAAAACAAACGACGGCCCCAUAAACAGUCCAAAACUAAUGGUCAUGGGCAUCCCCAGGUGCAGCAGGGCCAACAAUCACAGCAAAACUCAUCCAUCCAGCAGUCGGCAGCCCAGCAAUGCCACCAGCAACAGCUCUCGGCAGCUGCGGCUGCUGCAGCCCAAACUCAGGCAGCACUAAGUUUCCAAGCAGCCAGCGAACUGAGCGGACUCCUCGGUAAAGACAAACCCGUCCACCGGUGCAAUAUCUGCAACCGGGGGUUCCUGAAUAAAAGCAACAUCAAAGUACACCUGCGAACGCACACCGGCGAGAAACCGUUCCGCUGCGAAGUCUGCGCCAAAGCCUUCCGCCAGAAGGCGCACCUCAUCAAACACCAGCAGAUACACAAACGAAUCGGGAGGGAUUGACCAUUAGCAGCAGUAGUGGUUACCACGACGUCCUCCUCCCCGUCCGGCACCGGAUCCGGUCCAGGGCGGAAACGAUCAUCUACCAACUACUGCGCCCAUAACAAUAAUAGCCCCCUGAAUGGGCAUCUCAAUCAUCAGCAGCAUCCCUCCCAGCACAACCAGCAGCAACAGCAACACCACCCUAUGCACCAGGCACAUCAUCAUCAUCAUCAUCUAUCCUCUCUGGUAGCUUCCGGUAUGGGUGCAACGGCCACCAACGGCAUCGGGCUGUCGGAUGAUAAUUCCAUCAGUAAAAAGUUCCGCUUCGUUUCGUUCACGUGACGAACUUACGAUCUCGGACAAACCCCGCAGGCAGGUGCCCUUCGGUUAGCGUUAGCAGCGGCGGACACAAAAAGUACCUCAUGUUUAGUGUUUUUACUACUCCUUACCUUCCUUCCACCGUGGAGGGAAAACCAUUCCCCGAAACAUUCCCCCUUAAUUGUAAAUACCAGUAAUUUAUUUGUAGAAUGAAUCCCAAACCAAGCCAGCAAGCGCGCAGCGAAAGCGACAUCGAAACAGAACAGUGUUUAGUGUGUAGGUAAUUUAUUAAACAAAACAGCAACGGCUGAUACUCCUAUUUACUACUGCUGUUUAAAGCUAGACAAAUCACGCGGAUCGUCCGUCGUAUUCUAAACUUAUUCGACAUCGCAACAGCGUACUUCUUUUCCCGAUUAAUUUUCCAAAAAAAAACUCCAUCUGAUCACCGAUAUUGAAAAAAAAACAAUCACACUACCUUGUGCGCCAUAAAAUUCUCACGUAGGAAGCAAAAUGUAUCGUGUAUGUGUAUAAAGACAGAGACAAAGUUAAAUAAUAAUUACGAGGAAAAAAAAUCAAAUGAAACAAUUAAAACACAUGUGCAAUUUUUAACUUUAAUAUUGUUUGUUUGUAGGAUUGAUCUGCCUAGGUGUUUAACUCCAUCUUUUCCCCACAAUUAGUGACAAGAGUGUUGAUAUAUUUGUAGAAUAAGAAAGUAUUGUGUAAAUAGUUGAAUUCUUAGAUUCGUAAGCGAAGAAAGUCCCUGUUCAGGAUUGACAUUUGUAGAUUCUAUAUCUCUGUGUAUUUUUUUUUAAAGUAUCUGAAAAAUUACUCAGCCCCUUAAUGUGUAAGAUCAAAUUAAAAACAAUCAUCAAAGAUCGAUCCGAUUCCGGCCGCCUCAGCCUAUGAAAUUCCACUUCAACCUUCCGCCUUAAGUUAUUGCGAGCAUCGAACGAUACUCGAAUCUGGCUAACAGUGUUCCUUCUUUUUUUUUCUUUUGGCGUCUCCUACUCGGACAUAGCACACAAGUGUAAGAUAAGACAAAAUAAAAUCAAACAUUCGUACAGUGGAAAAAAUGUUGAAGUACUCCAUUGACUGGUCUCAGCAAAAUGAUUUUAAUUUAUUUACAAUGCGAUCUUUUGUGAACGAACGACUCCACGAGCAGUCUAUCAUUGAUAGGAAAUAAAGUUUACCCUGAAAUGUUGAAUAAAAAAUA